AUGUCGGAGCCUGACUCGGAGGAAAGAAUUCAUCGUGUGCCAAUCAGCUCACGGCGUGUGGUCAAGCCAAGCGCCAAGAAGCGACGUCCCCCGUUGGCUUGUGUCCAGUGCUAUCAGCGUAAGCUCAAAUGUGGGAGGGAGCUUCCAUCCUGCAGUCGCUGCUCGAAGACAGGAAAUGCUGAAGGCUGCACCUAUCGUAGCAACAAUGCGACAUCUUCAUCGCCGAAUGGAUUGCCGACCGAAGGGAAUUCAGGGAGUGCCGCUCUCAUGGCAACGUCCUUGCAUACUCCCGUCUCGCUGGCAGAUAUUCGGGGAAGACCUGAGGUCUCCUCCGGCCGGAGUGGGGAAAUGAUCCACUUGAAAGGACAAGAGGCGAUCACUAAGUUCUAUGGAUGUAGCUAUCCUCUAAACUUUUACCAACAGUUUACCGAGCUUCGGUCAUACAUCGUCCAAAUUAAGAUCAAAAAUCCAGACAUCAACAGAUUUCGUGACGAAUUUUAUCCUCUGGCCAAUGAUGACUAUCGGCUUCGUUUAUUGGCACAUAGUACUGUGUCAAUAGAGACCUUGCGACAAUUGAUUCCCACGAAAUCGGUCGCUGACACCUUGUUUCAAACCUAUAUCGACAGAUUUGAAGUUAUUCACCGAGUGCUCGAUAUACCGGCUUUCAUAACUGACUAUAAUCAACAUUGGGACUUUCCACUUUCCUCGUCUGCUCUUUUUUUGGCACAAUUUCUCUUAGUGGCAGCCGCCGCUGCGAGCUUUCAUCCCGAUAUGUGUAAUGAAGUCUCCAACCAACAAAUGAUUUACGAUUGUGCCGUUCAUUGGAUUGAUGCUGCUGAAUCAUGGCUCAACUCCUCAGCUAACCAGUUCUCUCAGUCCUGGGAUACAUUAACAACUCAUUGUCUCUUACUAAUUGCGAAACGUGCACACUAUAUUCAAGAGGGAUUCUUUUGGGCAUGCACUGGGGCAAUGGUCCGGCGGGCUAUGGCUGCAGGAUAUCACCGUGAAGCAUCUCUGACGGUAAAAAUAUCACCUUAUUAUCGAGAGAUGCGUCGGCGCUUGUGGAUGACGAUCAUUGAACUCGAUAUUCAAGCCUCGGUAGACCGAGGAAUGACCCCAAACAUUCGAAUAGAGGAUUUCAACACAAUACCGCCAUUGAACAUCGAUGACGAGAAGCUCCAAGACCUAAGACAAGACACCUUGGAAGGUAUGCCGCUCGCAACAUUCACAAAAACGUCUUUCCAGGCCCAUAUGUAUCGUUCCUUGUCUGUAAGACUGGAAAUAUGUGCACUCGUCAAUGGAUGUCGCGACCAAGAUAACUUUGAACGUGUUUUGUACCUUGGGGAGGAGCUAGAAGAAGCACUUCGAGAUAUUCCAGAAUGGGAUAAUCCCCAAUACAAUCCACGACAGAAGCAAACGACGAUGUACGUGAAGAGAUUACUGGACAUUUACCUGCAUCAGUAUACACUCUUGUUGCACAUCCGGUUCGCAAUCCAAGGUUCUCCCUCAUUCAAAUCUACAAUCUCUCGACGUGCAAGGUUGGAGGCAGCUUCGAUGGUUCUUGAUAAUCAUCAAAAACUUAUAAAUGAGACGAAGGUUCCGGAGCAAGCUUGCAGAACUGGAUUGCUUCUUGCUGCAGUGAAUAUCUGCCAUGAAAUUUACAUUAAUUUUGGGCCUCAUGGUAAGGAUACGCAUAUUCCCACUUCUUCAUUCUUGUCUCUGUUUUCAUGGGAGAAAUUGAUCACAACUGACUUUUGA